AGAGGAUGCCGGACAUGCGCACUGCGAUAUCCGCAAAGGCGUAACUCUGGACUAUCAACCCUUAAAGUCGCUCGUUUUUUUACUCAAUAAUUUUUCAAUUGUAAUACAUCAUUUUUAAAUCCAGGAUGGCGAUACAUCCAAAUUCGGACUUCAGAUUCGUGAUCAGCGAACCCAAAAACCCCCCGAGUAACAAUCAAGUUUCGGCCAGAAUCAUCGAAUCUUGAUAGUUAAUUCGAUUCCACAUCCGCCAUAUUGGAUCCGCCAUCUUGGAUUGAGAAAUUAUCAAAUUCGAACUUCAGAUUCGUGAUCGGCGAACCCAAAAACCCCCGAUUGACGAUUAAAUUUCGGCCAGAAUCAUCAAAUUUUUUUAUUUCCAUAUUACAUCUGCGAUCUUGGAUUUAGAGAUUAUCAAAUUCCUACUUCAAGUUCGCGAUUAGAGAUCGUAAAAAUCACCGAGUUACAAAAUUCAAGCCAAAAUAAGUGAUAAAUUUCUCUGAAUUUUCGCCGACUUUCCUGACCAUUCUUCAAAUUCCCUGAGACUUUCAAAUUAAAAAUAAGAAUAAUAAUAUACCCAGCGAUCGAUCAUCUGCGGUAGAUUGAACAGAUAUUGCAGGAAUACGCGGUAUAUUGAUGAUACAUUCACGGUUGUCGUCUUAGCAACGAGUUUAAACAAUGUCGUUAAUUUCCUGCCGCAUCAGGAAAGAAGGAAGAAAAGAGAAUAGACGGUGUAAACUCGUUAGGUUAAAAAACGAUAAAAUUCCACAUCAGCUGCAGCGCCAUUUGAUUUUUUACUCCACGCACAAUCAAAUAUCAUAACUGCAGAUACUUUUUACACACCGCGAGGCAAGUGUAAAACUCACAUAACCAUGGAACCAAGGACUGAAAGGGUCGCGAUUGGCGUCGGAGCGAUCCACAAUCCAGCAAGAGCGCAAUACAGCGAAGAAACGCGAAAUUUGAUAAAGAUUCUUAUGGAAGAGUCUAGACUAACAAUGAUGCAGAGGAAAUCUAUACAAGACGCCGUCGACAGAGGUGAAUCACUGCCACCGCCUUCGGCAACGAAAACCGCAAAAACAAAGAACGAAAAAUUUGCCGAAGCACAGGUAAUGUUUCCAUGCGUAUGGAAGAAACGAUCUCAAGAUAUAAUUACAAAAAGCGGUGCCUACGAAAGGGAACAAUUUAGACGGACGGCACCAUUGCUUAACAAAGAGAAACAAAAACGACAUCUCGCAUGCAUAAUGGCAUAUGGUAAAGACAUGCCGCCGACUCCGCACGGUCCGAAACUUCUUCACAGAGGUCGAAAAAUUAUGCGUAAAAUACCAGAAGACGUAGAUCCGUUGAACGAAAUUGUAAAAUCGAUCGAGGAAAGAAUCGAGUUCGUACACGAAAUGGAAAGUUUGGGCCAGGGUAAAAAAUAUCGCCCGAUAAUACAGCAGGAAAUAGCAGAGAAAUUGAGGCUAUUAGAAAAGAUCGAUAAGCAAAGAUCGGCCGACGUUAAAAAAAUCGUACAACGAUUCGAGCCUGAUAAAUCCUCACCAAAACCUCCCUUUCCCCUCGGAGAAUUGGAUUGCUAAUAAUCGCCUCCAUAAUUCAGGAAAAAAACCAGACGGGGAGGUGAAAAUUAAGUAUAAAGUAAUCAACGAGUAGUUAAAUUUUUUUUUUUUUUUCUUUUUUCAAUAUAAAAAAUGAUAAUGAAGAAAUAAUGAUUUCAAGUAUCGAUUAUUGUCCAUAUUACUGUGUACCCAGAAUUGUUCAGAAUUUCAAUUGUUCAACAAUAUUUAGCUGGACCGAUUUUUGGGCAAGUUUAGAUGAAUGAAUAAAAUAAAUAAACAUACAUAAUAACCGUAAAAAAUUAUCGACGAUUUUAAAAAUUCAGCCGUAACGGUUGUUCAUUUUUCUUCUUCUCCAACUAUUUCAUUUGUAAACUGUACUCACUUGCGCGGUAAAAAUUCAUCAAAAAAUCAUUCAUAGAUCCGGAAUUUGUAUGUUCGACGAAUAUAUUCUAAUAGGUGAUAAUCUAUAUUUGGGUACUGUGAGCAACAGACGGUCCUAAAUUCCGAAUUCCCUAGCUGAGCGUCAAUUUCCUAGAAGUUGUGCCGUUCGUUCUGCACGUAGACCGGUUUACAUUUACCGGUAAAUAGAAAGUUAUUGUAAAAUCAAUCCAAGGUCAAUUUAUACUUUUAAUUAAUUGAAUUAAUUUUUAUAUAUAUUCGUAAACGCCUACAGUUAUAUAUACUUGUUGGCAAAAAAUAUAUCCCAUUCUGCCUAAAAUCAUGCAGCAACUAAUUACCGGUAUAAUUUUUCCCGGUAAAGGGCUACGACAAGGAAUCAUCAUACGGAAUCUAUUAUAUAAUUACCACAUAAUUAGUCGAAUCGGGAAUAUUUGUAUUGCCAAAAAUUAAUAUUGGUAAUAGCUUAACAAGAAUCAUUAUUACUUACGAAUAUAUAUAUAGAUAGUUUUAUUACCUACAAAAUGGAAAAAAAAAACGGCUUCGUAACUUGCAUAGUUUCCGAGAUAUCCAGAUGAGAGUGUUUGCAUAGCCCUCAUCUCGUGUUAAUCAAAUGGGAAAAAUUCAAACCGGAUGCGUCACCUUUUAGAAUUAAGACACCGUGCUCCGAUUUCACGAGGCUUCGUUUGCGACUCAAAACUAACUUUUUCGAAGGUACGUAAGAAAAAAAAAAUUUAAAAAAAAAACACCCUAAUACAUAUAUAUAUAU